CCUCACAGUGCGAGGUACCCAGGUUUGAUUUCACCCUCGGGUGACUGCCUGUGCAGAGUUGAUACUUUCUCCCCGUGUCUGCGUGGGUUUCCUUCAGGUACUCCCACAGUCCAUAGAUGGACAGAUUAGGUGGAUUGGCCGUGCUAAAUUGCCCAAGGUGUCUAGGGGUGUGCAGGCUAGAUGGGCUAGCCAUUGGACAUACAGGAUUGCAGGGAUAGGAUUGGCAGGUGGGUGUAGGUGGGAUGUUCUUGAGAGCAUCGGUGUGGACUCUGUGGGCAGAAUGGCCUGAUGCCCAUUGUAGGAUUCUAUAAUUGUUUUGGUUUCUGUCUGUGAGGUGAGGUAGCUGACAGCAGAAACAAGAGGAACUAUAGACAAAGACAGUUGUCCUGAAGGUUAUGGAAUUGGUGUUCCUGUCUUUCAAUCAGGUGAGACAGACCACAGAAUUAAUGACAACAUAGUGCUUUCAUUAUUUUAGCUGACUGUGCAAUUUAUCAAUUUGAGCUAAGUCAAUAUGAUGAUAUUUUGUUCUGUACAUUCACCUGUACUGUGCAAUGAAGGAUCUCAAUGAUUCAAAGCACAUUUUGCAUCACCUUGUAAUACCUCUGCCCUUCUUCACAGAUCUUGAAGAAAUGAAACAUGCAAAAGAUAUUAAUAUUUCACUUAGUUCAGGACCAAUUCCAUAGUCAAACUCAACGCUCAGACAUUUCACGUAGUAACAGGGACUUGUCAAUUAGUUCCUUGAGCCUGUUUGACCAUAUUAUUGGCAGCAGGUCUGCAAUCUAACUCCAUAUCCCAGACUUAGGCCGCUGUCAUUUGAUAGCUUUGGUGAACAAAAGCCUAACAAUUUCGGACUUAGUAUUAACAAUCGACUGAGCAUCAUUUGUGACUCGCAGAACAAGAGUUGCAAACUUCUGUGCAUGUGGAAGUGUUUUCAAACUCCCCUGCUGAAAGUCUUGGCCCUAGGUUUCAGAUUCUGGCCAAUCCUACACCGUCCAACCAGCAAACAGAGUUUCUGUCCUAUCAGUUGCUCUCAAUAUCUUGAAAACUUUGAACAAUUCAUCCUUUAACUUUUUUAAAUUCAAGGAAUACAACUACAGUUUGUGUAAUCUCUCAUAUUUUAACCCUGUGGACCAGGUAUCAUUCUGUUAAAUUCACUCUGCACUCCCUCUAAGGCCAGAAUAUCCUUUCUAGGGUGUGAUGCCCUCAACUGCUUACUGUAUUACAUAUACAGACUAACCAGACUAACUAAGGCAUAAUUUCUAAUGCUUCUGUAUUUUAAUCCUUCUGCUAGAAAGGCUAUCUUUCCGUAAAACAUCUGAUUUAUUUCUACACACAUAUUAUAUAUAUAGGAACCCCAACCUUCACUGAUUCUAGCUUCUCACCAUUGAGAACUUUUCACAUUCAAAAUGAAUGUUCUGACAUAUGCUCACAUUAAACUGUUUGCACAGAUUAGUUCCAUAUAAUGUUGUAACGUUUAGGCUUCCAUUGACUGCUUACAGCAUUUUCUACUUUUCCAUUGUCGGGAAACUUGGGUUUCUGUCCCAUCGUAUCAUCUAGGUUGCUUUAAAAAAGCUUUGAAUAGUUGACAACACACUAUAGAUCCUUAAGUGUCACCACUGUCACAUUCUAUCAGCAUAUCUGUCCAUUAUCCCUUCCAAUCUGCCAAAUUCCCUACCAGAUAAAAAAUGUUCCUUCAGUCCCAUGGACCUCUACCUUGGCUUUCUGUCUGUUAGGAAUUUAUACCGUCUGGAAAUAUGCAGAAAUAACAUUCAUAGAUAUUCCCCUGUCUGCCAUUUUAAAUGCCUCUUCAAAAUAUUCAGUCCUGUGAGUCAGCUGUCACUACAAAUCCAAACUGACUCUGCCUGAUCACUUGAAAGUUUAAGAUGUUCACCCUCUAUGAAUUAUUUAUUGAUCUGGUAAUUUUCUGACAGCUAAUCUUAGGUUAACUGAUCUAUAAUCCUGUGUCACUGCUUGCUUAAAACGUGGAGUGACAAAAACAACAUUUGAAACUAAAAGAAUAAUAUUUUCACCUAUUCACUUUAAACUCCAGGGAAGGAUGUUCUCUUUCUGGGUAUUUGUCCGUAGUUAAUAUGAUUAUUUUUGUCUUUAUUCUUAUUUUGUUCACAUUAACCUUCCUGAGUCCCUAUUUCUGAAUCAGUAUUAGCUCUCUUCAGAUAGUUGACAUGCCAGGAACUUCCUCUACUUUAAAUACUGACACAAAGUAAUUAUUUAACAUGCCCGCCAUUUCCUUAUAUUACGUAAUAGUAUUUUCAUUAUCAAUUUUCAAUCUUCAUAAAUUAUCCUCUUUAUUCUUCACAGCCUUUCUUUUACCUGUUUUCAUUGUAAUUUUUUUUUGUUCAUUUUGACCAUUUCUUUCCUUCAUAUUCUGUGUUGUGGUCUUUCAGAACAGGCCCGAAACAUCAGCUUUUGUGCCCCUAAGAUGCAGCUUGUCCUGCUCUGUUCAUCCAGCUCCACACUUUGUUACCUCGAUUCUAAUGGGAGAAAUGUGAUCUUGGUUCUUCAGCCCAUGAAAAAUCUGACUUUGUCAGAAAAUUAUUCUGAACCUUAAGCUCAAAAAAGAAUCACAUGAUUCCCACUAAAUGUCCAGCAAGCUGCCAAUGGAGACAAUUUCUCCGAUGUUUGCUGAUGUCAGUUUUACUUCAGAGGGAGAGAAAGCUUCAAGGGAGGUUAUUGAAGAUCUGGGUGUAAGGAAUCCAUGUUAAGUCAUAAUUAACUGUUUGUUUUAAGGGUUUCAGGAAAAGACAUGAACUAAAGAAAAUAGCAUCUAAUGAAUUUGCCAAAAGAAAACUGCUUGCAGCUGUGCCAGCUGAACAAGAAGAUUUAGCAUGGAGAUAGAAUGCAGAUAACAUGGGGAAUGAUGAAAUUGAGCCAGCGAUUUUCACCUUCGAUAAAUUUUAUGCACUAACACAAAAAAUUUGUCCUCGCACUGACAUUGAGGAGCUGUACAAGAAACUCAAUGGAGACAAAUCUGAUUACUUAACUGUAGACCAAUUAGUCAGCUUUCUGAAUGAAAGCCAACGGGAUCCUCGGCUAAAUGAGAUUUUGUUCCCCUUCUACGACCCAAAGAGAGCAAUGCAGAUACUUGAGACUUAUGAACCAGACGAAGAGCUGAGGAAACAAGCGAGUAUGUCAUGCGAUGGGUUCUGCAGGUACCUGAUGUCUGAUGAAAAUGCACCAGUCUUCCUUGACCGCUUGGACCUGUACCAAGAGAUGGAUCACCCCCUGUCCCAUUACUUUAUCAGUUCUUCACACAAUACGUAUCUCACAGGCAGGCAGUUUGGAGGGAAAUCCUCUGUCGAGAUGUACAGACAAGUCCUUUUGUCAGGCUGCAGAUGUGUAGAGUUAGAUUGUUGGGAUGGAAAAGGAGAGGACCAGGAACCAAUAAUAACACAUGGAAAGGCCAUGUGCACAGAUAUUCUUUUUAAGGAUGUAAUUCAAGCCAUCAAAGAAACUGCAUUUGUGACUUCUGAUUAUCCUGUUAUCCUGUCCUUUGAAAAUCACUGCAGUAAACCCCAGCAGUACAAGAUGGCCAAGUACUGUGAAGAAAUCUUUGGAGAGCUUUUACUGAAGCAGGCCCAUGAACUCCACGUACUUGAAGCUGGCCGACCUCUGCCAUCUCCCAAUGAUCUGAAAAGGAAAAUACUUAUCAAAAAUAAAAGAUUAAAACCUGAAGUAGAGUCAAAGCAACUUGAAACUUUUAGAAGGUUAAUGGAAGGAGGGGAAGCAACCAGUCCAGCUACUAUGCUUGAAGAUGAAAAUGAGGAAGAAACAGAAAAUGCUGACCUAUCUCCGAAUUCUGUUGACCAAAACGAGGAAGCUCAUCCUGAGCUGAAAUUCGAUAACCAACUUUCUGUCGAUGACAUUAAUCAAGAGAAGGAGGCUCAUAUAAAUAGCGUGAAAAAGGUAAUCGAAGAUGCUGAACAGGACAAUAGCAAAAAGGGGACAAUAACUGUUGAAGAUGAGCAAGCUUGGGUAUCGUCUUAUACAUAUGUUGGGGCUACCACCAAUAUCCAUCCUUACCUCUCUGCUAUGGUGAACUAUGCCCAACCUGUGAAAUUUCAAGGAUUUCAGGUAGCAGAAGAGCGGAAUAUUCACUACAACAUGUCUUCGUUCAAUGAAUCAGUCGGACUCGGGUACCUGAAAACCCAUGCAAUAGAGUUCGUCAAUUAUAACAAACGACAAAUGAGUCGUAUCUACCCCAAGGGAGGCCGAGUGGAUUCCAGUAAUUACAUGCCUCAAAUCUUCUGGAACGCUGGCUGCCAGAUGGUCUCACUGAACUUCCAGACCCCAGAUUUGGCCAUGCAAUUAAAUCAGGGGAAAUUUGAGUACAAUGGAUCAUGUGGUUUUCUACUUAAGCCUGACUUUAUGCGUCGCCCUGAUCGGACAUUUGACCCAUUCUCCGAGACUCCAGUGGACGGUGUUAUUGCAGCGACCUGUUCUGUCCAGGUAAUAUCGGGCCAAUUUCUGUCAGAUAAGAAAAUUGGCACAUACGUAGAAGUAGAUAUGUAUGGUCUACCAACUGACACCAUUCGAAAGGAGUUCCGAACACGAAUGGUGAUGAACAAUGGCUUGAACCCAGUAUAUAAUGAGGAACCGUUUGUGUUUCGAAAGGUCAUUCUGCCAGACCUCGCAGUGUUGAGAAUAGCAGUUUAUGAUGAUAACAACAAGCUGAUUGGCCAGAGAAUCCUACCUUUGGAUGGUCUGCAAGCUGGCUGUCGGCACAUAUCCCUCAGAAAUGAAGGCAAUAAGCCCUUAUCGUUGCCCACUGUCUUUUGUAAUAUUGUACUCAAAACCUAUGUCCCUGAUGGAUUUGGAGAUAUCGUUGACGCUUUAUCAGAUCCAAAGAAGUUUCUGUCAGUAACGGAAAAGAGAGCUGACCAAAUGAGGGCAAUGGGAAUUGAAACUAGCGAUAUAGCAGAUGUGCCAAAUGACACCUCCAAAAACGAUAAGAAAGGGAAAUCUAAUCCAGUGAAAGCAAGUGUCACACCACAGAGCAGCUCAGAACUGAGACAGAACUCAACAUCUGGACAAGGCACUGCAAACGAUGCGAAGAAAGCAGAUAUAACACUGGUGCCUCAGGUGAAUAUUGAGGACUUGAAGCAGAUGAAGGCCUACCUAAAAUUGUUGAAGAAGCAGCAAAAAGAACUGAGUGCAUUAAAGAAAAAGCAUGCUAAGGAACAUGGUGUCACUCAGAAAUCGCAUUGCAUGCAAGUGGAUAAAAUGGUGGCACAACACGACAAGGAAAAGUUAACUCAAGAGAAGAUUUUAGAAAAAGCAAUCAAAAAGAAGGGAGAAAAUAAUUGUGUUGACUUGAAGAAAGAAACGGAGGUCAAAAUAGAAGCAAUAUCUUCAGAUCACAAGCUAAAGGUGAAGGAGAUUGUUACCCAGCAAACUAAGGAAUGGUCAGAAAUGAUAAAUGUACAUUGCGCAGAAGAGCAGGAGCUGAAGGAUCUUCAUUUGAGCCAGCAGUGCGAUUUGUUGAAGAAACUGCUCAUCAGUAUGCAUGAACAACAAAGUCAGCACCUGAAACUUAUUCAUGACAGACUGAGCAAGGAGAUGCGAGCUAACCAGGCGAAGAGCUCCAUGGAGAACAGUAAAGCCAUAAGCCAGGAUAAAAGCAUCAAAAACAAAGCUGAAAGGGAAAGGCGAGUCCGGGAGCUGAACAGCAGCAACACUAAAAAAUUCCUAGAGGAAAGGAAGAGGCUUGCAAUGAAGCAAUCCAAGGAAAUGGAUCAAUUAAAGAAAGCUCAGCUUGAACAGCUGGAAGGCUUGGAGAGACAGAAUGAUCAGCUGCUGAAAUCAUGUCAUGCAGGGUCUGCCAUUCAAGGCAAAAGAGAUGCGGCAGAUGGUGAAGCUGGAAGCCGAGAUGGCUCGCAGACCAGCAACAGUGGUCUGAAUUCCCCUGAAACUGAUUGAGACCAAUGACAUACGAGGAAUAGUAAUGUCCAAACUACCAAUACUAACAGCAAUUUUAUCAUCUCUUCUUACCUCACGAGUCUACUGUAGCCAGCAACUUUCUGUAUCAAAAGGAUCUGCGUACAUCAAUGUCAAUGGCUUUGUUGUCACAAGCACUUUAAAGGUCGUUGAUUCUACUUAACAUGUGUCCAAAUAAUUUUAUUUGCAUCACCGUCUUCUGGUAAAGGAAAACCGCAGAGAAAUGCUGGUAGGGUUAAGAUUUCAUUUUGUUUCAUUAAAAUCCGUAGGUUGGAAAAUGGCUAUUCCAGCAAAGUUGGGGGAUGAAGUCACAAAAUUAUAAAUGUCAUAGACAGUAAGAACAUAUUAAAUUAGCUAGAACACAUUUUAUUGCUUGCCAAGAAAUCUACAUAUCUUACAUUAGGUCUGCAUACAUUGCCAAAAAAUGUUCAGAAUCCUAAAUGUGUGGAUUGAUCUACCAGAGCCCUGUCAUGUCACAAGAAUGUGAUCCUGCAAUCUCACUCCAAUUUGGAGCUUUCCAGGGACGAAUUACAGUUACAACUAUUCAAUCUUGCUUCUCAUAAGUGGACAACCGAACCCAGUCUUGAUGAUCCAUCUAACCCAAUGACCAGAAUUGAUCACAAAAGUGGGUUUCCACAGCAAAUUAAACGUGGUAAUUUCGAAUCAGUGAAUUGUUUCAACCAUUCAUGUAAAUGUUGAGCUCUUUGCAUGGUCUUGCACAAGUAACUAGCUUUUAGUUUACAAUGGACUGCUGCAUGUUUUUACUCCCUUGGAGUUAUUGGCGUGCUGCCAUUCAAUAUUAGACUGCCUGAAAUACUGAUAGCUUUGUCCACAAAGGGAUGAAGCUGACAUGUACAUUGAUAGCGUUCCCAAAGUUGAUACCAAGGAAUCAAUCUGAAAGUAAUUCACUGUAUCCAGCACCUGGAACUGUCCAGGAUGCAAAUAUGGAUCUUUAUCAGGGGUGUUGGUAAGGGAAAAUUCUUGUUGAGAAUGUUGAUAGACACAAGUUUUUAAAAGAAUAUGUGUAAAACUCAUACACAGCCAUUGCAUUUCUUAUUUUGCAAUAUGUGAACACUAUAAGACAAAGUGGAUUCCGACCAAGUUAAUGUACUUUAUCAUAAAACAAGAAAAUAAAUCAGAUGACAAAUGUUGAAUCAGGGAAUUUAUUUAAUAUUCUAAGCACAUAAUGUGAACAAAAAAGUUUUAUUACACUGGUGCCAGAAAGUGGGACAUCUUUUUCUAAUCAAAUACAGAUAACAAAGUAUUCAACAAUGUUUGCUGAGGUUUGGAGCUACUGUAGCAAAGACUCUUGUAGUCCAACCAGCACGUACAAAACAAAAAUACUCAUCAGUGAAGUGCAGAUGUUCACCAAUUUGUUUUACUUUAAACAUUUGGUUCUUGCUAGAAUAAAAUUUGAAGAUGGGCAACCAAAAUAUUGUCCAAAUCAACACAGAGUCCUGAGCAAUUCUGCAUCUUAUAUGGCAAUAUGCCUUCACCCGAUAAACUAAAAGGACAUCUUAAAUAAAGCUGCAUAAAACAAAACAAAGAUUUUCUGCAGCUCAAUGUAGCUAAUAGUGCACCAUUUUAUUUCAGGCCUUGGGGGAUGGUUCAAAUCUGUGUGUACGAAGUAUGUGAAAUGUUCUUGCCAGAUGAUAACAUGCAUCUGUGACCCAAACAAACUCCCCAAAAGCAUUUGUAGCAUUACACAAGAGAAGGUAAUUGAACAUAUGUCUGCCAGAGCAGAAAUGUUGAAAUAUACCAUGAUGAAAUACUGUAUGUAAAUAUGUAUUUAAUUCUAUAACAUCAUUUAAGACCAAUUUAAGACCAAAAUGUGUUUAAAGGCAUAUCAAUUAUCUUAAGGGCUGUGUGAUCGUGUAAUACUUGCAGACUUGCUAAGAAUAUAUUUGUUUCUGAGAAUGCAAUUUGGUGUUAUCAGCCAUUUUGAGGGACUCUUCUCCAGCAAGCCAUUUUUAACCCACUUAAAACAGAAAGCUUUCACAACAUAGCAAUUAUGGUAUUGUAUAUGUAAGGUGGUAUUCCUAAAAUGUAUUGUGUACUACUGUAACAGUCCUUUUAAUGUGCCACUGGUAUACCUAACUGAUGCAGGUGGGUUACUGGGACUUGCUGCUUUCACAAAGAAAUGAUGUGCAAUGUCGAAACAAUUUGAAUUAUCUAAAUUCUCGGGUAUAUAGUUUUUAAAAAAAAGUACACAAAUUCCAUUCUGUUUGCUGGUAGACACUGUCUUUAAAUGGCUGUUAUGUUUUAUAUCAGGUAACUGUCCUACUGCUUAUAUAUAAUUAGCUAUGUAGGUUUGCUGAAAAAGCAGGCUGUUUUACAGGUAUCACUAACAUGUAUUGGUUUUGUUUAAAUAUAUAUAUAGAGAGAAAAGAGAUUUGGUGAAGGUGUUUUAUAUUUAUAUUAUCUGUCAAUUACAAAGUAGAAAAUCAUGAACUCUUAAUUGCUGUUCCCAGAAUUCUUUAAUACGAUUUUAUAGUUUCUGUACUCCAUUAUAAAUAAAUGAUAAAAGUUGAGAAGCGA